CUUCUCACCAGACAGACACAAAUUUCAGCUGGACUGCUGGGAGACGAAGACGACUUAUAUGACCCCCCUGAAUAGGAAACAUAAUAAGGGAUUUUUAAGCUAGAGUCAUCAUGUCGCAACAACAACAACAACAGUCGCAAGUCGACGCCGACGGUUUCCACCUUUUCCAGGUUGCCGGCCUGGAAGCUCCCUCCACCUCCACCUCCACUAUUACCCCGACAGGCACGAGAGAGGAUAUUCUGCUAGUGUCAUGGAUCAUUUUGCUAUUGCAGUCCUGCGAAGACGGCCAGGUUCGCUUCGAAUGGGCGUAUUCAGCCGGGGGAAAGUCGUCGCUCUCGACACCACAAGUGAUGCCGGGAUUACAGAGCACUAUCGUUCAGGUCUCGGCCGCAAGUGUCAUCCAUGUUGAGAUCGGCUUUGAGAGCGGAAACCUCAAGAUUCGGCCAGUAUGGCACUCAACCAGCGUGCUGGAAUUCACCGUGAGGUUACAUGUCACGAAAUUAGCGGAGCUGAUCCAGCGAUGCUUGAGCAACCCCGAGAGCACCAUUGAAGAGUGCCUUCGAGCGACCACAUCCGAUCUGGAUGAGAUCUGGCGCUGGAACCACGAGUUACCACCAACAUACAGCUUCUGCACGCACGAAAUGGUAACAGAAUGGGCGCAAAAGGCUCCGGAGGGCGAGGCCAUUGCGUCCUGGGACGGCAACCUGACGUAUGCACAGGUCGACCGUUAUUCCACACACGUCGCGUGGAAGCUCAAGGAGAUGGGGCUUCACCAGGACGAUAUCCUGCCAAUCUGCUUUGAGAAGUCACGGUGGACCAUCGUGGCAGUUCUCGCGGCGAUGAAGGCUGGCGCAACCUUUGCGCUUAUGGACCCCACGCUUCCUCUGGCCCGUCUCCAGAACAUGGCGCAACAGGUUGGCGGGAAGAUGAUGCUGUCGUCGCGCAAGCAGCAUGAUCUAGCGACCUCGAUUUUGCCUGGUGGUCCCGUCCUAGUUGUGGAAGAAGACAGUUUCCAGGCUUUCGAUCUGAACCAGGAGCUUCCAGCGCUGCCUACCGUACCCCCGAACACUCUGAUGUAUAUCAUCUUCACCUCGGGCAGUACGGGCACUCCCAAGGGCGUAACCAUCUCUCACCAAACCUACACGAGUAGCGCCAUUCCACGUGCCAAGGCCGUGGGAUAUACACCUGACUCCCGGGUACUGGACUUCGCCUCCUAUGCCUUCGACGUUAGUAUCGAUAGCAUGCUGUUGACUCUGAGCAAUGGUGGCUGUCUGUGCAUUCCCUCGGAUGAAGAUCGACUCAAUGAUAUCAACGGAGCAUUCCGGCGGAUGAAGAUCAAUUAUGCUGGCUUGACGCCAUCAGUGGCGCGCAUUCUGGAUGCGGAUGUGAUCUCGUCGCUGACUGGUCUCGGCCUUGGUGGUGAGGCUGUCUCAGCGCGAGAUGUGAAGCUGUGGGGACAGGACACCCGUAUCAUUAUCGGCUACGGACCUUGUGAGUGUACAAUUGGAUGCACGGUCAACAGCAGCGCAGCGACCGGCAGAGACUAUAUCUCAAUCGGACCCGGCAACGGUGCCGCAAUGUGGAUCACCGAUCCCAACAACCAUGAUACCCUCAUGCCCGUCGGCGCCGUCGGUGAGCUGCUCGUUGAGGGCCCGAUUGUCGGCCAGGGUUACCUCAAUGAUCCCGAGAAGACCGCCACGGUGUUCAUUGAGGAUCCCAAAUGGCUUGUUGCCGGCCACAACGGCUACGAGGGUCGUCGCGGUCGACUGUACAAGACGGGUGACUUGGGACGGUACGACCCAGACGGCUCGGGUGGUAUUGUCUUCGUUGGACGCAAGGACACGCAGGUCAAACUGCGUGGUCAGCGUGUUGAGCUCGGGGAGAUUGAGAGUCAGCUUAAGGACAGAUUGCCUUCAGAUGCCAAUGUGAUCGCUGAGGUGGUUGUGCCGCAGGGAACCGGUGGCCAGGCUACCUUGGUUGCGUUUGUCACGUUCCAGUCCUUCAAGGCUAAUGAGCAGGGCGACCUGAGCCUGGCUGAGCUAUCGGAUGAACAGCAAAGGACGCUUUCUGAAGCCAAUGCCGACGUUGCCAAGGUUCUGCCACGGUACAUGGUUCCCACGGUCUAUAUCCCUGUGAACUAUAUUCCAGUCUUGAUAUCCAGCAAGACUGAUCGCAAGAGACUUCGACAAUUUGCUACCACGGUCGACAUUCGCCAGCUCGACCAAGGGGCCGAGACAAACGGCGCUGGUCGGGAACUGACUGAGCUCGAGCAACGUCUUCGCCAGGCUUGGAGUGUGGUCUUGAAGCAGGAUGCUGAAGGCAUUCGGGCCGAGGACAACUUCUUUGCGCUUGGAGGUGACUCUGUCAUGGCGAUGAGGCUGGUGUCGGUGUGCCGCGAGCAAGGUCUUGACCUCACCGUCGCCAACACUUUUGGUCACCCUACCCUCUCAGGAAUGGCCGGUGUCGUUCAGAUUUGCGACACUGAAGCCCGCACUGAGUUGCCGCCUUUCUCGAUGAUUUCGCAAGAUGUCGAAAGCGCCUGUCGCGAGGCAGCUGCUGCUUGCGGAGUGGACGCGGCGUCAGUUGAAGACAUCUAUCCUUGCACACCCACGCAGGAGUCGCUCUUUACCUUCUCUCUCAAAUCUGUCAAGUUGUACGUGGCACAGAGAGUUGCGCGCAUUCCGUCGCACAUCGACCUCGAUGCUUGGAAGAAAGCCUGGGAGGAAGCGGUAGCCGCCAAACCUAUUCUGCGCACUCGUCUGGUGCAGCUGCAGGAUCCCGGUCUCCAGCAAGUGGUGCUCAAGGAGAACAUCACCUGGAAGCAUGCGACGGACUUGGCGCAGUAUUUGGAGAACGAUCGCGAGGAGAGAAUGAACCUGGGCGAGAGCCUGGCUCGUUACGCGAUUGUGGAUGAUGCCAAGGAGGGCAAACAUAUGGUUUGGACAAUCCACCAUGUUGUGUACGACGGAUGGUCUGAGCCGCUGGUGCUUAAGGAUGUCAGUGACGCGCUAAGCGUUAAGCAAAUCGAGCCACAGGCACAGAUGCGGGACUUUGUGAAGUACGUGCACGAUACGGAUGAAGCCGCUAUGAACGAGUUCUGGAGACGCGAACUACAGGGUGCCGUUGGUCCCCAGUUCCCUCGCUUGCCGUCCAGAGAUUUCAUGCCCACACCCGACGCCUUCAUCGAGCACGUGAUCCCGCUGAAAACCGCUGCGAAGUGGCCAUUCACCAUGGCGACCCUGAUUCGCGGUGCCUGGGCACUUGUGGCUGCUCAGUAUUCUGGAAGUGACGACGUCGUUUUCGGUGAAACGCUCACCGGUCGUGAUAUCGCCUUACCGGGCGUCGAGAGCAUCAUCGGUCCCUUGAUUGCUACACUUCCUGUUCGCAUCCAUGUCAGCCGUACCAGUACGGUUGAGUCAUACCUGCAAGCUGUGCAGCAGACUAUUCUUGCUCGUGUCCCCUACCAGCACAUGGGCAUGCAGAACAUCCGCAAGGUCAGCCACGACGCUCAGCACGCAUGCGAGGCCGGUACCGGGCUGGUCGUCCAGCUCGAACCGGAAUACGUGGGUAGUGACCUGGGCUUUGAGACGGGUGACGUUGUUCGCGAAGCGCUGCAUUUCAACCCCUACCCGCUGAUGCUGGGGUGUGCUGUGCGCAAGGGUGGCUUCCGGGUCUGUGCUAGCUUUGACGGCAGCUUGAUCGAAGUUGCACAGAUGAAGCGUAUGCUGGUACAGCUGGAAGUGGCCUGCGUCGAGUUGACUAAGGGUCUGCAGCGGCGCAUUGAAGAAAUCUCGUGUCUGCCUGAGGUUGAGCUGAACCAGAUUUGGCAAUGGAACCAGACCCCUCCUCUGACCCGAGAUGAGUCUUCGGGACGACUUCGUGCUGAUGCCAAUAUCAAGCAGGGAGCGCAGUACCCCUCUGCAGUUGUUCCUUGGGUAGUCAAUGCUCGCAACCCAGCUUUGUUGUCUCCUAUUGGCUGUGUCGGAGAGCUCUGGCUCGAAGGCGCUUUUGUCUCUGGCGAAACUGUUGAGAACCCGGCCUGGCUUAUUGCAGGAAGUUCGACUAGUGCUGGUCGCAGUGGCACAGUGCAAUCGACUGGUGAUAUGGUCCAGCUGCGCGAGGAUGGCAGCCUUGUGUUUGUUGGCCGUAAGGACAAUGUUGUUUCAAUUCAGGGACAUGCUGUGGAUAUUGCCGAUAUUGAGCUGCACUUAAACAGACAGCUUCCCGCUGCAGUUCGCGCCGCUGCAGCUAUUCGACAGUCGCUCAACGAGACUGGACCCGAGUUGGUCGUUCUGGUUGAACGACCGUCUUCCGAUGAGGAGAGCCUUUCCAUCCUACCAGUCACGCAGGAGAUUAGCGGCGAGUCGGCGGCCACCCUCAGUGCCACAAUUCCCCUUAGUGCUGCGGUUGCUCUGAAGAAGCUCGACAAGUUCAUUCGCGACUCGCUUCCCUCUUACAUGUCUCCGUCUGCAUACAUUUUGGUUGAGGAGCUGCCGGCUCAGGGCGAACAGAGUGACCACACUCUCCUCAACCAGCUGGCCUCCAAGAUCCCUCAGGAUAUCCUAGAACAGCUCCGCAACGGGAUCAAGGAAGUAUGGGCAAAGACUGCUAUUCAUACUAACCUGACAACUCCCGAGAAGAUUCUACGAUCCGCUUGGGCCAAGAUUCUUCGGUUGCCUGAGCAAGAGAUUGAUGUUGACGAUAACUUCUUCCGCCUGGGAGGUGACUCCGUCCUGGCAAUGAAGCUGGUUUCCAGUCUUCGUAGCCAGGGUCAUAACCUGUCCGUAGCCGACAUCUUUCAGCACAUGCGCCUGGGUGACGCGGCCCGAGUGUUGAGGGUCGAUCAGGCCUCUGAGGCCAAGCAAGCUCAGUCCUACCAGCCCUUCUCCACUCUGGGUCGUUCGGAUGUUGAGCAAUUCUUGUCUCAAACCAUCCGUCCUCAGCUGGCAGAAUCUUCCUGGUCAAUCAAGGAUGUUCUUCCUGUGACCGACUCCCAAGCGCUGGACAUCCGCGCAACUGUGCAUGCCCCGCGCACCUCGAUUCAAUACACCAUGCUCAUCUUCGACCAGGGGGCAAUUGAUCGCGAGCGACUGCUUCGCGCGUGCAGCGACCUCGUCAAGACCCACGACAUCCUGCGGACCGUUUUUGUUGAGCACGAAUCGGCCUUCUAUCAGGUUGUGCUGAACGAGCUUACCACCCCCCUGACGCAGCACACGGCCGACAAAGAGGACCUGCAGCAGUACAUUACCGAGUUGUGCAACAGCCACAUUGCCUCUGACUUCCCUCUCGGCUCGUCCUUCCUCAAGUUCUUCCACAUCGAAGCCCUGGACGGUCGCGAGGCCUUGGUCCUCGGUCUUUCACACGCGCAAUACGACGGCGAGUCUCUGCCCCACCUGCUCCGCGACUUCGAAGCCCUUUACACCGGUUCGCGAGCGACCGAUCAGGUUCCCUUCUCCGCGUACAUGGCACACGUCACCAAGCCGGAUACCCAAAACCCUGCUCUCGCCUACUGGAAGAACCUCCUCCACGACUCGACACUGACCGUUCUUCCCUCCACCGGCCCGAAAUCGCCCACCUCCAAAUCUAUCUUCCAGACUCAAUCCCUGGAUUUGGAUCUGUCGUCUGUCCAGGAAACCACAGCCACGACGACCGCAACCCUCCUCACCGCCUCCUGGGCUCUCACUCUCGCCCGCCUCCUGCAGACACGCGACAUCACCUUCGGUGGCGUCACCACCGGCCGGACCCUCGACCUUAUCGGAGUUGAGAAUGUUGUCGGCCCUUGCUACCAGCUCGCGCCGAUUCGGAUCAACAUCCAGCGCGAGUGGACAGCAGAGGAUCUGCUGCGCGCUGUGCAGCGCCAGAGCGCCGAGUCCGCGGCGUACGACUUUGUGGGCUUCGACAAGAUCGCACGGGAAUGUGCGCCCGCGUGGCAAGGAGCCGGCUCGUUCGACUCGAUUGUGCAUCACCAGGACUUCGAGGACUUCGAUACCAUGCCUUUCGCCGGACGGGAGUGUGCGGUUGAUAUUCUGAACCCGCAUGGGGAUGCGGCGUACCCGGUCAAGGUUGUUUCCUAUGUCAAGGGAGGACAGUUGCAGUUGGGCGUUGUUGGCAGCGAGGAGGAGGAAGUGACGCGGUGGUUGGGGUUGGUGGCUGAGACGGUGCGGGAGGUGGUGUCUGGUGUUGAGAAGGGGAAGGUGUUGGAGGGCUUUUAGGGAUGGGCUACUGACUGGGUUAACUGAUAUCAAUGACAUGUAAGUGCGCAUGGGAAUAAAAAUGCACAUAGACUUAGAAUAGAA